AUGGUUGCGACGGCUGCGCCCCCAUUCAAUAAGAUCAAUGAUGUUGACAUGGCGACCGUGAACGGCCUGAGCCUACCAUCAGCGCUCGUGGAUCGUGAGAAGGGUCUGGAGGGCGGCCUACCGAUCGACAUAGCACAAUGGUUAUGGGGAGCGGCGAUAUACGGACAGCCCGGCAAAGGGAUUGCCACGCGUCUAGGCUUGGUAACUGCGCCACAGUCCAUCGUGCUCUGGGCCUUUGACUGCCCAUCUGUAACGCCGCUGGAGAUGAUUUCGAAGCAAUCCAAAGGAAGUAGCCGGCGGCGCGGAUGGAUCGUAAUGGAAAGAGGGAUAAAGGCAGAAGAACUUAUCUAG